AAUUUCCACGGUCUUAAGAAAGUCUACAAAAGCUCAUCUACCUCAUAUGCAAUACUCAACAUGAGAUUGGAUAAUUAUGAUAAAAAUGACAUGGAGCUAUUUUUAAAAAAGAUUGUGAGACAACUGAAGGACUGCAUACGAUUGAAUAUAGAAAGGCAUCUAUCAGAUUUUUAUUGGACCUUAUACAAUAUAACAACGAAAAUUAUUGAAAAGGAAUAUUUUUCACAUAUUUAUGAGAAACAUAGCAAAUGGGAUGAAAAUUUUGUUUGUAGUAAUGGGACAUUGAUCGCUAUCCCUUUCUGGUAUUGUAAUGAGCAUGUUGCUUCAAGAAAUGUCGAUCUAAAAAAUGGGAGUGCUCUAUUUGAUUGUUCUAAAUGGAGGAUUAUAAUAUCAACUUUAUUUACUUCCUAUUUAAAGAUUGUACUCAAUGAAAUGCAAUAUAGUAAUAACGUUUCCAAUGCAUUAGCUGAUGAUCGCAUUUCUGGUUGUCUUCAAUUAUUGAAGAACCAGUAUUCAAAAAAUGACAGUCAAGCUGAUCGUAAAAUUCCCUUGAAGAAUCUCGAAGAGGAGUCCAUAUAUUUUCCCUUGUGUAUGAAAAAUUUGUUUCACACGUUAAGAAAAAAUCAUCGUUUGGGCCAUAAUGAACGAUUUGAUCUGAGCCUAUUUCUUAAAGGAAUUGGGUUAUCUUUGAAUGAUUCCCUCAAAUUUUGGCAAGGAGAAUAUAGUCAACAACAUUCCUCAUGUUCAAAAUGUUCUCAUACUUGGCAAAACAAUGAAACAAAAUAUGUUUAUAGCAUAAGACAUCUAUAUGGACUUGAAGGAUCCAGAAAAAAUUAUUGUAUUAGAUCUUGUAAUCAUUUUCAGAGUUCUGGGCUGGGAAUCAAUUCUGAAGGCGGUUGCCCGUUCGUCCACUAUGACGAUGAUAAUCUGAGGUCAGUAUUGAAGAAGAAUUUACCAGGUAUGGAUGACGACGUAGAAAUUAUAAUAUUCGAGAGGAAGGAGAAUGCUACUGUCGCAUGUAAGCUUUAUGGCGAAUGUAUAUUGAAAAAAUUGAAAUACAAUUUGUCACUGGAAAAUAAGGAUGUCGAAAAUCCUCUGCAAUUCUUCAGUCUUUUGAAAGGAAGAAAACCCAACAUGACAUAAGUCAUAAUUAUAAUGAACAGAAUGACAUUGAAUUGUUAAUUUAUCGUUAUUACUAUAUUUUAUGUUCAAUAUAAUUUAUAGGGAAUUGGAGUACCUAAUAUACCUACCUCUUUUAAUAAAA